AAAAUAGCAGAGUACCGCGAAAAGCCGUGCAAACAACACAUACGUCAAGCGUGAGUGGAAUUUAUUUGGUGGAAAUUGUAUAGUCAAAUAUAUUUUGAAAAGUACCUAUACAAAGGAAUUUUGAUUUGAACUGUGUUAUUUUAUACAUUCGUUUAUCUGAAGUAUUGAAAUUUUCACAAAGUUCGUUCAAAUGUUUUAAGAAAACAUAGUUUUCAUUGAGAAAUUCAUCGAGUGUGUGAAAGAAGAUAAGCAAAAUUUUAGAGGAAAAAAUCUAAACCAGAAGGAAUAAGUGCCGAAAACCCAAGUAAAAAAGCUGAAAAAUCAGAUUUGUUUGCUGAAAACUAGCACAAGUAGCAGAAAUUGUACAGUUUAUUUGCAGAUUUAUUGCUAAUUUUUAUUAGAAGAAACUUAAGAAAACCACAAACAAAAUGUCAGAUCGCAAAGCAGUUAUUAAAAACGCCGACAUGAGCGAAGAAAUGCAGCAGGAUGCUGUUGAUUGUGCGACACAAGCCCUCGAAAAGUACAACAUUGAAAAGGACAUCGCCGCCUAUAUCAAGAAAGAAUUCGACAAAAAAUACAAUCCCACAUGGCAUUGUAUUGUGGGCCGAAAUUUCGGAUCGUAUGUGACACAUGAGACACGUCACUUUAUCUACUUUUACUUAGGCCAGGUGGCAAUUUUAUUAUUUAAGAGCGGUUAAAAAAUUAACAACUAUAACCACAAACCCAAUCACAGCAACAGCAACAACAAAAUACCACAACAACACACAUAUACACAUACUUGGAAAAGCAACAGCAAAACAGAAGAAUUUGUAGUGUAAAUCCUAAAUUUCAAGAAAAAAAGGCGUAAAGUAAAAAUAACAAUAACAACAACUGGAAAAAUUUGCAGUCACAACAUUUCAACGUAAUAGUAUGAUGAAUCGGCAACUGAGUAAUGCAGCAGGCGGAAAUGCAUUUGAAGAGAAGCACAGUGCUGGCGAAAUGAUACUGUCAAGAUACGAUCCACAUUGCUUUGCAGUGCAUGACUGUAGUUAUUAGCUGUGAUUUCUUAAAUUGGGUAGCAGAAACUAUACACCUGGCAAAUAUAAAAUGUGCAACCAAAUUUGUUGGUUGAUAACCAGCGUUUUUACAAAGAUGUGCAUAAAGAGUUUGCUGCAAUAUAAACGCUUUCGACUGCACCCAGAAUAAGCUACAUGUAUGAUACUUAAAAUGCACACUCUUGUAAUGUGGAACCUAAUUCAAAUCAGUUCAAUUGGUAAAAUGCGUAAAUAGAUGUGGAACCAAAUUCAGAACAGCGCAAUUUGUAAAAAUACGCAAAUCAUAGAUGUGAAAACUAAUUCAAAACUCUUCGAUUGCGAAAAAUUUGUAAAUUAUUGUUAUGGAAUUUAAGUGAAUGCAUUCUCAGCGCCCAAUUUCUCACAGAACUGUGUAUAUGUACGAUUGGCGCGCACCAUAAACGCCUAAAGUAAUCCCCUCUAUGCUAAUUAACGCAUUUUUGAAUUGCCCUAAUGCCAUAUAUGCACUCACCACUGUCAUUGCCACAUACACCGCUGGCGCCGAUCUACUACAAAAUUUUACACUGCAGAAAUGUGACGUUUCAUGGACUUGACAAAAGCAGCAACAACAACAACCAAUUCACUUUACUACUAUUAUGGGCACAAUACACCAACAACACAACCCACACCCGAACAGACAAUUGUGGUAAGGGAAAACUUCGCAGAUUCAGUAAAA